AGCCCAGGCUGCCCAAACGAUGGGGCAUGUGCAGGCUCUGGCUAAGGUCAAAUUUGGAGGUUCAUGUCCCAGGAUGGGAGAGGGUUGGGGUAGGAGGUGUUCCUAGCUGGGAGAACUAUGUUCUUUUGGGAUGCUGUGUGGCCAAGGGGAAGUGGCCUGACCUCUCUGAGCCUCGACUUGGCUCCUCUUCUGCAACGUGAGGACAAGAGUUCUGACCGCCAGAGUGUGAGGCUUGAAGGAGGUGCCGGAGCUCAAGAGUCAUUGCAAGACCUGGCACAUAGCAGGCACUCAGGAAAUGAGUUCCCCAUCUUUCCUGAGCCUCCCCUCCCAUGUCCCUGGCCGUGGGGAGUGACAGGGUCAGGAUGGGCCUCAGGGAGACGGGGGCUGGGACGCUUGGGACCCUGAGCCCCUCCCCAUGGUGCCCGGAACCCAGUGAGGGGGCCCCACCUCCGACUUCCUGCGGCACCGGCCACAUCCUGCCCUGGGGUGCCCUGCGCAGGCCACUUCCCCCUCUGGCUGGGGCGGCAACCCCAGAACCUGCUGGACAGGGGAGAGGACAGACGGAGAAGGAUGGAUAGAUUCUGGACGACCCCCGGCCAAUUCUCCCUUCUCGCAGCUCUGGUCCCGCGGCUGGUUCAGGCCCAACCCUUGGCCCAGAGGAAGCCGUGGCUGGUGGGGCUGGGGGCUGCGCUGGCCUCCCUCUUCCUCAUCUUUGUCCUCACCUUGGUCUACGCCAUCUGGUGCAGCGAGCCCUGGGACAGCAAUAAAGAGAAGGAAGAGGAGACUGUGAGAAAUGAGGAGAAGGAGGGAGAGGGCGACUGGGGGGUGGAACUGGAGGCGAGAGGGGCCUCCGAACCAUGAAGCAAUGGCAAGCUCCUCCUCGUGAAGGUUUCCCACUCACCUCCUCCAGGCAGCCAUCCAGAGAUGCCCCAGUGCCUUCUCCAUGCCGCAUCAGCAAGGACCCGGCCCUGGGGCCAGUGAGAGGACUCCACCUGGGAUUCAGGGGAAAGUGGCCCUUGAGUGCAGAGGACUCAGGACCUGCCCCAAGUCCCUCUUGGAGGGCUCUCUGCGUGUUACCUGGUCGCCCUGUACCCCUUCCCAAGCUCGGUCUCCACCUGAUGAUUCUUCUUGAGCUUGGAGGACACCCCUGGCACAAGGAGCAACCACCUCCCCGAGACCCCCUAGUAUCUCAUAUCUCUACCCAGUCUGCAUCGCUGGCAGCUUUUGGCCCUUUUGAUUUCUUCUCCCACCUCCGAUUUCUAUUGCCCUUUGGAUUUCAUCGGAGAAGCCAGGUCCUCCUCUUGCCCACGUGCAAGCUCUUCCAAGUUGUCUCCCAGCCCCGCUCCUGGCCUCGGCUUGCUACUCCUGAACGUGAACUUUGAGCUGGCUCAGAGCAAGGCCGUUUCCUGGGAGAUGAGGGCUCCUCCUACCUUGUGCUCAUUUCGGGGCACUGUCCUGGAGGCAGGGACUCCCAGGGCCUGGGGUGACGGUGCAGGAGUGCGAGUGGGGAGGAACCCCUUCUUCCAGUCCUGCACUCCUUGUGGGGAGGCGCCAUGCAGAAGAAGGAGUUGGAGUCCCCACUUCUUUGCUGUGUAGCCCCGAGGCAAGUAACUUAACCUCUCUGUGCCUAAGUGUCCUGUCCUGUAAAAGGGGAGGAUAAUAGAUUCUUCACAAGUCGUCAUGAGGUUUGAAUGAAAUACGGUCGACAGAAAUCCUGAGCGCAGAACCCAGCACCCCAAAAGCGUCUUAAUAAAUGUCGGCUUUUUGUUAUGCUGAAA